AUACAAGGUACGGGCGAGAUAACGUUGCAAUUUUCAGGAAUUCGAUGUUUCAGGAGUUUUCAUUCAAAAAAAACAUAAGAAAUUUGCUGUUUGAACAGUGGAAAAGUGAGGCUCCAAAAUAGGAAAACUUUGUUUUUGCCUACAUUCCUUAUGCCACUCUAAAAUUUGACAUAUCACUUUUGCCGCUCUUAGUUUUUGACAAUACAUCACAAAUGCUAUUCCGUGGCAAAAGCAAUAACUUUUCAUUUCACUUUUGUCACUCUUAGAUUUUGACAAUGUGUCGCAAUUGCCGCUCUAAAAUUAUUGUUUUUGCCACGAAAUGACAAUUAUGAUGUAUUGUCAAAAACUAAGGGUGGCAAAAGUAAAAUGUCAAAUUCUAGAGUGGCAUAAGCAAAGUGGUCAAAAGUUAGAGCGGCAAAAUCCCGGACCUAGUUAAAGCAAAAUGGCUCCAAAAUCCCCAAUCUCAACACACAGAGUCAGACCUAGCCACCCCCAUGGCAGCAGCGCCGCCGCCACUCCCGGAGGAGAUCCUCCUCCGCCUCCCGCCCGACGACCCGGCCUGCCUCCUCCGCGCCUCCCUCCUCUGCAAGGCCUGGGGCUGCGCCGUCUCCCGCCCCCACUUCCGCCGCCGCCUCCACGAGCUCCACCGGGCACCCCCCGUGCUCGGCUUCCUCCACGGCUGCGACGACGACCGCGUCCCCCACUUCACCCCCACCACCGCGUCGUCCUUCUCCCUCGCCGCUCCGGACUCCCGCUCCUGGCGGGCCCUCGACUGCCGCCACGGCCGCGCCCUCUUCCUCUCCAAGGGUGACGCACAGGAACUCCUCCUGUGGGAGCCAACCACGGGCGCCCAGCAGCGCGUGCCGGUGCCCUUCGCGUACGAUGACAUCCGCCGGGACGAGGAGCUGACAGUGUACGCCACCGCGGCCGUGUUCUGCGCAGCCGACGGGUGUGACCACCGGGACUGCUUCAGAGGCCCUUUCGGCGUGUUAUUCGUCUUCUGCGUCGAGCAAGACGGUGACGGUGACAACGGGGUGUGUGUCACGUUGACGCUCCUAUACUCGUCGGAAACCGACUGCUGGGAUGAGCUGCGCUGGAUUUUCCAUGACUUGCCCAUGUGUUUUACAUUUUCUUCCAGCGUGCUUGUUGGGAGGUCUCUGCUCUACUUCAUGUCUGAUGAUGGGUUCAUCCUAGAGUAUGAUUUGGCACGGCAUCGCCUGGCCAUUUUGGACCCACCGAACUAUGAGUCGAUCUAUGAUGCCCGAUAUAACAUCAUGCUGGCGGAGGACGGUGGACUGGGAGUUAGCCAAGAGAUGAAUCCGCAUCUCAAAUUGUGGACAAGGGUGAUUGAAGGCGCCGAUGACCGAUGGGUACUGAGCCGGGUCAUUUACUUGCAAAAUUUGCUCCCAGAUGGUGCCCUCAUGGAGCCAGCAAGUUCAUUGUAUGUGUUGGGCUUUGCUGAGGGAGCAAAUGUCAUUUUCAUGACCACGGUUGCUGGCCUCUUCACGAUUGAACUACCAUCAGAGCGGGGUUCCACCAAACGGAGAAGUUGUUUUGGAGUCUACAGACAUGGGUGUAGCGCUAUACGAAGCUCGAGAGGUGACUGGUCCUUUGGGUGGUGUUCCGAAGACUGCAUGAAUGAAGAAUCGGUGAAGAGUUCAGCAUCAGCAAUGUUGAAGCUGGGUACUCAUGAGGUGAUCCUUUUGGUAGCAAUGUUGAUGAUCCUGAAUAAUAUGUUGUAUACCAUACCAGAGAAAGAUGAUUCAUUGACUAAAAAAAGGGUUCCCCCAAUUUCCCUGGAGUCUACCAGCACGGUCUAUGGACAUGGACGCGGCAUGCUGUAUGAAGCUCAAGAGACCAAUGGUAAUGGUGGUGAAACACGCAGUUUCGCAGAAGCAGUAAUAAUAAGGUAUGAAGUUGCCCUUGUGUGGAAUAGUUCCUCAGUUGUUACACACAGAAAAAGGGUAUGUACUGUUGCGUAUUAUGUAACUUGUGUUUGGGACUUGGAAAAGUUUGCCGUGUCGAUAUAUCUCUUGAGCGUUCAUCCUCAUUCCAUAGUAGAACAUUUGAUAUCCAGUUGUUUUGCUAAUUGAUUGAUAGCAUCAUUCAAUUUUAGUGCAGGAAGCUGCAGAAGCGUUAUUCAGUUUUCGUAGACGAUGUUUCAGAAAGCCAAGACCUAAUAUAUUUUGAACUUCAUUGCUGUACACAAAAUGAAGCUUCAUUGCUGCAUUUUGAAAUUGUGCCUCUAAAUAUAUUCCGAACGUUCUUUGUCUUGAUUACCAAGCAACCUCCAGAUCUU